AAGAGGUGAAAUUUUUACAAAUAAUAAAGUAACUAUUAAUGAACUUAUGAAGGAAAAUUUAUUAUUAAAAGCCAACCAUCUUUUCAUCCCGAGCACUAAUCCUUGGGGUUCUCAAAGCUGGAACGAAUUCAUUCUGGAGGCAAGCCUUAAACUAAUUAUUUGGGAGACCCUUAAAAAACAGACAUAUCCACCUGAUCGUGCAUCACAAGAUGAGUCUUCAUUUAUGCCUACCAUUUAUGAUUUAAAUGGA